AGAGCUCCGGCCGAGGAAAUCACCUACGAGACGCUGAAGAAAGCCAUAGACAGCGUGGCCGUGGAGGAGCAGGAACGGGAACGGCGCCGUCAGGUGGUGGAAAAAUUCCAGAAGGCUCCGUUCGAGGAAAUCGCCGCCCACUGCGGAGCCAGGGCAACGCUGCUCCAGAGCAAACUCAACCAGAUCUUCGAGAUCACCAUCCGGCCUCCUCCGAGCCCCUCCGGCACCGUGUCGGCCGCCUACGGACAAUCCCAGAGCCACUCGAUCCCGGUGUACGAGAUGAAAUUCCCGGAUCUCUGCGUCUACUGAGGGCGGGAACGGGCCUGGAAUUGCCUUGGGAAGAGCCGCCUCCUUCCCAAGGAUCUCCCGGGAAAGGAUUCCCGCCCUUCCCGGGGCGGGAAAAGCGGGAUACGGAUGCUCCGGGCCGUCCCGACAUCCGGGAUCCUGGAAUUCCUGUUGGGAAAAGGAGGUUGUUGGUUGGGAAGCCCUCCCUGGAUCGGGGGUUUUUUUGGGAAU